AUGCUUGGGUGGAAUCCCAUACCCAUCUCUCAUAGCCACUAUUUACUGUACGCUGGUGUGGCUCUGUUCUGCGGCUGCGGACAUGAGGCGCUGUCUGGUACCGUCACCAUCCUCCAGAACUACUUUGAGGUGGUGCGGAGCCCUGUGGAUGCACUGGACGUCUUUACCAUGAUUGACAUUAUCAAGUAUGUGAUCUACGGUAUCGCUUCGGCUUUCUUCGUCUAUGGCAUCCUGCUGAUGGUGGAGGGCUUCUUCACCAGUGGUGCCAUUAAAGAUCUGUAUGGAGACUUCAAGAUCACCACCUGUGGACGCUGUGUCAGCGCUUGGUUCAUCAUGCUGACAUACAUCUUCAUGCUGGCUUGGCUCGGGGUGACUGCUUUUACCUCCCUCCCAGUCUUCAUCUAUUUUAACAUCUGGAACAUUUGCCAAAAUGCUACCGUGCUGGAGGGGGCCACACUCUGCCUGGACCCGCGCCAGUAUGGUAUUAUUCCAAUUGCUGAGGCAAAGACGGUGUGUGCUGGAUCAGAGAAAUUCUACAAGAUGUGUGAAUCUAAUGAGUUGGACAUGACUUUCCACCUGUUCAUCUGUGCCCUUGCUGGGGCAGGAGCUGCUGUUAUUGCUAUGAUUCACUACUUGAUGGUUCUCUCCGCCAACUGGGCUUACGUGAAGGACGCAUGUCGAAUGCAGAAGUACGAGGACAUCAAGUCGAAGGAGGAGCAGGAGCUUCACGACAUCCACUCCACCCGCUCCAAGGAGCGUCUCAACGCCUACACAUAAAGCCCAGCGUGAGGCCUGGCCCUGCCACUCCGGCCUCUCUCCCUCUCUCUCUCUUCUGUCUUUCUAUCUGUUUCUCUCUACCAUCCCCUCCCGAGGGGGGGCGGAUGGCGCCUAGGGCCCUCGCCACUGCUGAUGUCACUGGUGCGUCAUAUGACAAUGUGGUCUGGGGAGGGGAACGUCACACAAGCCUCCUCAGUCACAAACAGCAUUUCAAAUGAAAAAAAAGCCCCUUACCUCUCUCAUGGAUGGUGUUAUGAUUAUCAUUAUGGCAGUUUUAUUAUUCUUGAUACAAGUUGUUUGAUGCUGAUAGUAGUCUUAGUGUAGUUUGUAGAAUCAGACGUAGCAGUAGUAUUUUAGCUCUUUUUUUUUUACUUUGAUGAUUUUGCUUUGAAUUGUUUCAUUUUCUUAAAUUUCUAUUUGAUGCUAAGUGUCAUUUUGCUCUCAUGCAUAAUUUAUUUUUGCUGAUUUCUGAGGAGGUCGACAGGGGCUUCAAAGGGUUUUCAAGCACAUUUCUCAUGUCGUGUGUCUGGAGAUUUCAUGUUCAAGAACUGUGUACUGUAUGUGAACGGGUGGUUAGUUUUAAAAAUAUUUGAAAUAUCACAAUGCAACCACAAAGCAUCGUAAGCCUUUGUCAUACUAGUAUUCCCAGGGAUUAAAAACACUUUCAGAUGAAAGUUAUCAAUCUGUUUUUUUCUAUUUGAAGCUCUACAAUUGCAACACGAUAAUAAAUACCAAAUGAUUAGCGUAAACAAAUAUUUGCUAGAUGUGCCAAGCCUGUUAAACAGGGAACAAUGACUUUGAUAGAUGUCAAAGACGGGAUUAGUCGAUCAGAGAUAAACUAUGGGUUAUUUUAUGAUAACAUUGCCAAUUUAAUGUAUUUCAGAACUGUGAAGUUUCCAUCCUCUUUGAAUCACAAGCUACAAAGCACAUGCAAACAAGCUUUCAUAACCCCUUUUUUUAAUUUCCUAACUUUUUAAAUACUAUAAUCCUGUUUUAGCAGAACUCUGCAGUGUAUAUACUGAUAUAUCAAAUCAUACCUAUAUGUUAGGCACUGGCAUUUAAAUACGAAGAGAUCACUGUGGGUCAGUCCACCCUGCAUCCAUCAGUCUCAAUCCAUAAGAAACCUUGAUGAUAAACUUGUCGGUGUAAUGGCACUCCUGGGUGGAUUUAUCAGAUGUGAGAAAAGUUUGUGUCACAGUAAUUUUGUUUAUGAUGGUAACUGUAUUGCUAACACAUCCCGAUGCCACGUGACUAAAAAGGUGGCCUGUCAGCUCAUUGCCUGGCAGAAGUUUCUUUUGUCAGUGUUCCUUAAAGCUAGUUUCAUGCACUUAUUUGACCAUUUCUGUGCUCUCUCUAGAUGUAAGCGCAUUGGUGUUCAACUCAAAGUUGGAUAACUGUACUGUUAGUAAAGACUGUGAAUUUAGAUGUUUUUCGUGGCAUGGACAUGCAUUAAUAUAGUCUUAUUGACUCAAAAGUUACUUUAUUUCACUUCUCUCAUUUUUACACUUCUGACCAUCUUGCUGGAUCAACCCUUUGUUUAUAUGUGCAGUACUAAACCUCCCACGCUUAUGGCGUUACGCUACUGAUAAUAGACUGUAGUCUUUGAGUUGUGUCUGUUUAGUUUGUGAUGAGCUUUCAACCAUGUCUUAAAACUAAUACUUGUACCGACAUUGCUUACUCUGUAAUGACCUAAGAAAAAAAUGCUUUCAGCUUUUCCUCGUAUUAGUCUUUUGUACUUUCACUACGAAUGCUUAGUAGCAGGCUUUAAAUUGAAUCUGUUUUGUACAUCCAUGUGCCAACAGCUUGAAGUGGCUUAUUUGACCUGUAUGAUCAAAUUUGCUUGCAUCAAUAAAAUUCACUUGUGUACUUGUUAAUAAAUACA